UUCCCCGCCAUGUACCGCCUCCGCCUCCGCCUUCGCCUCGUCCUUAUUAACCGCUCCCCUCCCCUGCCCUUCCUCCACCCGCUGCUUCCAAUUCCAACUCCGAGCCCCAAAUCUUCCCCGCCCAAGAUUCCUGGAGUGGAGCCUAGUGUCCGCACUCAAGAACCCCGCCGCGGCCAUGUCCUUCGCGCGGCUCCUCGUCCUCCUCGCGAUGUUGGCGCCGGCGCGCGUAGCCGCGGCGGGCGCCGGGGCCUGCGCGGCGGAGAGGUUCUCGGGCAACCGCGUGUACGCGGCGUGCAGCGACCUGCCCCGCCUGGGCGCGUCCGUGCACUGGACCUACGACGCGGCGGCGUCCUCGCUGUCGGUGGCGUUCGUGGCCGCGCCGCCAUCGUCCGGCGGGUGGGUGGCGUGGGGGCUCAACCCCACCGGCGACGGCAUGAGUGGCGCGCAGGCGCUCGUGGCCGCGCCCAAGGGCGGCGGCGGCGGCAGUGCCUACGCCGUGCAGACGUACAGCAUAUCCGGGUAUGCGCUUGGAUCCCCGGGGCCCAUCACCUACCCGACGUCCGACAUCGCGGCCGAGCUCGGCGGCGAUGGCCGCGUCAGGUUGUUCGGGACCCUCAAGCUCCAGAACGGCACGGGGGAGGUGAACCAGGUCUGGCAGGUGGGCCCGGUUUCCGGCGGGAGCAUCGCGGCCCACGACAUGAACGGCGACAACCUGGCCUCCAAGGGGAAGCUGAACCUGGUAACCGGGGCGAGCACCGCCGCCAGCGGAGGGGGCAGCCUCCUCAGGAAGAAAAAUACUCAUGGAGUCCUGAAUGCUGUGAGCUGGGGUCUUCUAUUGCCCAUGGGAGCCAUAUUUGCAAGAUAUCUCAAGACAUUCAAAUCAGCCGAUCCUGCAUGGUUCUACCUUCAUGUAGCUUGCCAGGUGAUUGGGUAUGCUGUCGGAGUAUCUGGCUGGGCCACUGGUAUCCAUCUGGGAAACAUGUCCAAGGGAAUCACCUAUUCACUUCACAGGAACAUUGGGAUCUCGGUAUUUGCUCUUGGUACUCUGCAGAUCUUUGCACUCUUCUUGAGGCCAAAGAAGGAGCACAAAUACCGCUUCUACUGGAACGUGUAUCACCACUCGGUCGGUUACACCAUCAUCAUACUGGGUAUCAUCAACAUCUUCAAGGGCAUGUCCAUCUUGAACGUCGAGCAGAAGUGGAAGACCGGCUACAUCAUCGCGAUCUGCAUCCUGGGUGCUAUUGCCCUGAUCUUGGAAGCUGUUACAUGGGGCGUCGUCUUGAAGAGGAGGUCGGAGAACAAGAGCUACAAUGGCACUUCAAACGGCCACUUGCCGCUCUCUAUAUAACUCUAGUCAGGUCCUCCUCGGACCUUUAAUUUAUUCAUCUUCAGUGACGUGAGUGCGCAGAUGUAGGGUAGGUCUUGUGAUUUUGGUCUCUCUCUUUUUUUUGUACGAUAGGUAUGCGUAUGCUGCGCAAUUAUACUGGAGGAGAUGAGUGAUACUGAUGCAUAUCCUCUGGUGAUACUGAUGAGUGCUCAGAUGUAGGGUAGGUCUUUGCCUUUUUUGCUGUAUUGUGAAUGUUAGAUUUAAAACUCAUCUUAAGGAUAGGAUCUUCA